AUGCGAACUUCUAUUGCACCUGUUUAUUUUGCUGUGAUGGCAACGGGCGCCAUUGCAAUGGAACCACCUAUCCCCGGAUACGGCGUUGAAACGCUGGAGUGGAAUAUUGAAGUUUCCCCUGGCAAGACAGAGGUCUUGAACGGCACAGUCCAGGAUGUUUAUGCACAAGCUCUCCAAAUUAACCCCGACUUUAAACUACAAAUUAAUCCCAACAUCGCACACGCUCCCGAGGCAAGGGCUUUGAAACACAAGCGUACUGCCGUGAACUGCGGUAACUGGCCGCUUGCCAACAAAGGCAGUAUUCAGGAUGGUAUUGGAUACCUUCGAGGCUUGGGAGCUGCGCCCCGCAACGGCCCAGGUCCUGGAAAUUGUGGCCGGAACUCGAGCCCAAAGACUCUAGACAACUGGGACUGGAUUGCCGAUAGUGCUCAGCACAUCGUUAAUACUUGUGCGCCUGUCGCCAGCUGGGUUUCCGGACAAAACUUUGAGUCAGGUAACUGGAACUCAAUUGUACGCGGCGAUUCAUGCUAA